AAGCCAGCGAUGUCCAAGCCGACCACGGACGAGCUGGCAGCCAUCGUUGCGUUUGUCAAGACGAAGCGCGGGACGGCGCUGACGCUGGAGGAGAAGCUCGACAUAUUGCGACUGCACGUGAGCCUGCGCGAGGAAGACGUGGCCGACGUCGCGGGCAAGAUUGCGGGGUGGCUGGGCCGCAGCACCGCCACGGUCAAGGCCGUGUGGCGCGAGUACAAGACGACCGGAACGCUCACGGUGGCGCCGCCGCCCUCCAACAAGACCAACCAUGCGUCGCGCGUGCCCAGCACCCCGGCGGUCCGCGCCUUGGUCAAGAACUUUCUGCGCGACCGCGACCGCGCCGGUAUCCGCACGGUCUGCAAGGACGUGGUCGAGCUCCUUCUCGCCAAAGGCAAAGUCAGCAUCAAGCGUGUCAGUGCGACCGAGUACGAAACGAAGGACUACAGCGCGUGCCUUCGCGCUGUCCAAGGCUACUUGACCAGAGAAGGCUUCAAGUACACGAUGCACGGCGGCAAAGCAUCCUAUGCAGCGGCCAACGAGAUCGACGCCAAUGCAUCCGAGUAAACCAAGUCAAUGUGUCGUACCUAGG